GUGUAGACAGAUAUUCAAGUUAAACGAUGGAACGGCUUUUUGUUUUAACUAUUUCUUUUAUUUGUUUGCAUUUAACGUCAGGUGCUCAUGGAGCGGCAAACGAUGAUUUACUACGGCGUGUUGCUGCCUUAGAACAGAAGCAGGCGGAGAUCGACCAAACAAUCAGGAGCCAACAGAUUUUGAUUCAGCUGCAAGAUGAGAAGUUUGAUGCACAGAUUAAAGAGAUGCAGGAAUCCCUCGCCACUUGUCAAACAGCUGCUGCUGACUUGAAAAAGCAGCGUUACGAUGAACAAAUGCUUCGAAAGAAAAGACAAUUUGAUGGCAAUGUAGCGUUUUCGGUAUGGCUUGACCAUGAUAUGACACUGGGCUCUGGACAAGUGAUCAGGUUUAACAAGAUAAUAACCAACGAAGCAAACGGCUACGACCCUAAUACGGGCCAUUUUACGUGUCCCGAGGCAGGAAUGUACGUAUUCUCAUUCAUGGUAAGUCAAAGGGGCAACUACGGUGAAUUGGAAGCUAAACUCGUUAAGAAUGGUGAGCACAUUAUCGAUGGGGUGGCUGAGACUGCACACGACGCCCAGGAUCUUCAGGGAGGAAACACUGUUGCUCUGAGACUUCAAAAAGGCGACACCGUGGCUAUCGAGGAAGUCAUUGGAAACCACGUCGAAGGCUGGACCGGCUACCGUUUGACUUCGUUCACUGGAAUGUUUGUAUAUCCGUGAAUAAAUACAUAACUGUU